UCUGUUUGUGGAUACAUAGCAUACCACAGCUUAAUCCAUGGCGAAAUGCUGGCUAGUGCUCCUCUGCUUGGUGUUCCUCCUGCCGGCGACGAGCGCGACGUCGUGCCACGCCGACGACCUCUGCACUCUGCGGGACUUUGCCCGGAACCUCACCGGCGGUGGCGUCAUCCUCCGUGCAGCGUGGUCCGGAACCACGUGUUGUGGCUGGGAAGGUGUGAACUGCGACGGCGUAAGUGGACGCGUCACGGCGCUGCGGCUCCCCGGGCGCGGCCUUGCAGGACCCAUUGCAGGAGCAUCCUUGGCAGGCCUGGCAUGGCUGGAGGAGCUCAACCUUGCCAACAACAGACUGAUCGGCACCAUUCCAUCGUGGAUUGGUGAGCUUGACCACCUUCGUUACUUGGAUCUCUCGGAUAAUUCAUUGAUUGGCGAGGUACCCAAGAGUUUGAUACGGUUCAAGGGCAUCGCCAUCGCUGGUCGUUCACUGGGUAAGGCUUUCACUAACAUGCCAUUGUAUGUGAAGCGUAAUAGAAGAACACUCCAACAACAACCUCAACCAAAUACGAUAUCAGGGACCAACAAUACCGUCAGAUCUGGGAGCACCAAUGUUGUUUCUGGGAAUGACAACACUGUCAUAUCUGGGAACAACAACAGUGUGUCAGGGAGUAACAACACUAUCGUAACCGGGAGUGACAAUACCGUAGUUGGAAGCAACCAUGUCGUAUCUGGGAACAAGCAUGUCAUAACUGACAACAACAAUGCCGUAUCCGGAAACGACAAUAAUGUAUCCGGGAGCUUCCAUACGGUAUCCGGGAGCCGCAAUACAGUAUCUGGGAGCAACAAUACCGUAUCUGGAAGCAACCAUGUCGUGUCUGGGAGCAACAAAGUCGUAACAGGAGAUGAAUGAUCUAUAAGCGGAUUAGUUCCAUCUUCCAUGAUGGAGCUAACGUCCGUGUCCCAGUUCAGUAUAUCUCACAAUCAGUUGGUUGGGCCAAUCAUGUUAUGUAACUUCAUGGAUCUAUAUAGUAUCAUUUUCCUACUUUCAAUGAAAUUUCCCAAAAAUGUCUUACAUACACGCUGACCCGAAUAUCAACGGGCGGCUUGCAGCUGAUGUAGACCAAGUGUAUUUUCUUAUGAACUUGGUUCGUGAAUGUCAAGAUGGGCAUAUUA